AUGCCCAGAGUUGCUGCAACAAUUAUCAAAGCAAAGUGCUUGACUGUUUUUCUUUAUGCCCAUACUAGAGUUUUGGACCUGAUGAGGAAGUACCUUUCUAGAGAGUUGGUGAGGUGUGGUGUUACAAGGUUUGCUACAGCUUAUCUCAACUUGAAAAGCAUGCUAGAAAACAAGAAGCAAUUGCAAAGGCUUUUUAGGGAGGAUGAGCUCCAUGAUCUAGGCUACCUAAAGAGUGCCAAAGGGAAGAAAGCAGAGAAGGAGGCUAAGAAUGAGAUCUCUAAGAGGUUCAAUAAUGACAGGAGAAAGUUCAAGGAAGUUUUUCAGUUCAUUGACAAGAGGUGGGACAGUAAGCUGAAAACUCCUUUGCAUAGGGCUGGUUACUACCUCAACCCUUUCUACUAUUAUCAAAACAAGGUGGCUAUAGAGGACAAUGAAACAUUUAGAGAUGGUGUCAUAACUUGCAUUACAAAGCUUGUUCCAGAUAUAGAGACUCAGGACAAGAUUAUUGAAGAGCUUCAAAAGUUCCAAGAUGCUGAAGGAUCCUUUGGCAAAGAAAUUGCUAAAAGGCAGUGCAAAAAUAUUCAUUUUAAUCCUGCUAAGUGGUGGCUGAAUCAUGGAAGUAGUGCACCAACCCUCAGAAAGCUAGCUGCUAGAAUUAUCAGUUUGACAUGCAGUUCAUCAGCUUGUCUACACCAAGAGACGCAAUAG